AUGGAGUUCUUCAACUGCAAUUCCUUUCUGCAACUACUUUCACUCAUUCUUACACUUCACCUCUCAAUAUCUCCCACAACCCAACAACAACUCGCCGCCGGCGAUCUCAAUGCGCUUCAUCAGAUCAUGGACACACUCACUGACGUCAAGAAUGGCGGAUUCUUCUCAACUUGGAACUUCUCCUCACCGGAAAACCCUUGUUCUUCUUUCGCCGGCGUAACUUGCUCUGUAAUCAACGAUAAAUUACGAGUCACUGCUCUGUUACUCGGUACCGGACUUUCGGACUCACCUGGGCUCGCCGGAACAAUCUCCGCUAUUGGGAUCUACGACCUCACUGAGUUAACGCAGCUUAUUCUCUACCCUGGAAUCGUCACCGGAUUCAUCCCUUCGCAACUCGGCCGCCGCCUUAAAAACCUCCGUGUUAUUUCACUCACAAACAACCGACUCACCGGAACAAUCCCGGAGACAAUUUCGGAGCUUCAAAACCUCCACACUUUAGAUCUCAGCCACAACAAGCUCACCGGCGUAAUCCCACCGAUGCUCGCGUCGGCUUUACCGGAGCUCAAAGUGUUAGUCCUCGCAUACAACAAUCUCGCCGGAGAAAUCCCAGAAUUCUCCGACGAGUCGCAGCUCAUCCACCUGGAUUUUAGAAACAACAUGCUAUGGGGAACGCUGCCGGAGAAGAUGCCGGCGACGCUCCGUUACUUGUCUUUAUCCAGCAACGGUCUGUGGGGCCCAUUAAACUCAUUACCAUCAUCAAAUUUAGUGUAUCUCGAUUUAAGCAUGAACAAAUUCAGUGGGCCCAUACCUGACUCCUUUUUCAGUUCCUCACUUUCAUCAAUGUACCUCCAACGGAACAAUCUCUCCGGCGAACUCCCACCACCGUCGUCAUUCUUCGAAUCCUACGGUCCAGCUUCCAUCGUAGACCUCAGCCAUAAUUUCCUCUCCGGCAAUAUACCAAACUUUCUAGAAAGCGUCGAGACUUUGUUUCUAAACAACAACCAUUUCACCGGAAAAGUCCCGGAGGAAUACGUAAGGAAUGUGUUCGCCGGAGCAAUGAGAACACUUUACCUGCAACACAACUACAUAUCGUCGUUCCCGGUGGAGAAUCCAAGGGACAUGGUGUUGCCGGAUGGGGUGGCGUUGUGUUUGAGUUAUAAUUGUAUGGUCCCACCGACGGUGGGGCUGGCGGCGUGUCCGGCGAGUGCUGGUGGACCUUUUUCAAGACCGUUUAGACAAUGUUCGGUGUUCAAUAUUGGGAAUUCCAUAGGGUAG